AUGCACGCCGUUCGGUCGCGAUGCUUCGCGGCGCUGCGCGCGAGCGCGCGACGGGCGACGAGCGCGACGAGCAGGCUUUCGCGUCGUCGUCCUCAUCAUCGCGCGAACGCGUCGAGGCGCGCGCGGCCGACGCGACGCGACGUCUCGUCCGCGACGACGACGCGCGAGACGGGCGAGGACGCGUCGCGCGGCGGCCGUUUCCUGACCGCGUCUCCGACGGAGGAGGGACCCGACGAUCGUCGUCGUCGUCAUCGUGCUCCUCAUGCUCUCCCCGCGUUCGGCGACGUCCUGCUCCUGGGCGAGGGCGACUUCUCCUUCUCUCGCGCGCUCGUCGAGAGCGCGAGCGUCGGCGUCGGGCGCGUGACGGCGACGUCGCUGGAAUCCGCGGCGGAGAUCGAGACGCGGUGGGGCGGCGCCGCGAACGUGGACGCGCUUCGGCGCGCUUCGAACGUCGAGAUCGUUCACGGCGUCGACGCGACGGCGCUGGAGACGACCCUGCCGGACCCGGGCGGAAGACGGUACGAUAAGAUCGUAUUCAUGUUUCCCCACAUCGCGGGGAAAGGGCGCAUCAGCCUGAACCGCGAGCUUCUCGACGCGUUCUUCCAGUCCGCGGAGCGCGCGCUGGCGCCGGGCGGAUCGAUCGAGGUGGGGCUGGUGAAGGGUCAGGGCGGCACGCCCGCGGACGAGGACAAACAGCGAGCGCUCGGAAACACGUGGCAGAUUCAGGCGCGCGCCGCGGGGGGGGACUUCGUCCUCGUCGACGCCGCGCGCUUCGACGCGGCGUCGUGGGAGGCGUUGGGGUACCGGUCUCGCGGCCACUGGAGAUCGGCGAGGAGAGGGGAAGGGGAAGACGUCGAGGAGGGAGGAGGAGUGAGAACGGCCCUGAAGCGCGCGGAUUUCGCGCGAGACCGCAGGCGCGGGUUCCAGCACCGAGACGGCGUGGUGCACCUCUUCCGGCGCGAGACGGAGUUGGGAGGGGCGACGUGCCCGUGGCCGGUCGAGUACGCGCGAGACGUGAGCGUCUUCGUGGAUCCGAACGUCUUCAGCGACGAGGAGUUCGCGCGCGUCGCAAGGGCGUCCGCGGGUCGCGGCGUCGAGUCGGGUGCGUUCUACCGUCUCUGCGUGCGCGCGUUUUUCACCCACCGCUCGGUUUCAACGUAGCCCUACUGUAUGAUCGCGACCGCCCCUUUCAACUGACCGACGCGCGUGUUUUGUACGCGCACGGAACGGCCCUCAGACGUGACGCUUCUGGAGGAAUUCGCGCACGACGACGGGAAGACGAGCAAGACGUUCCGGCUCACCUUCCGCUCGGCGACGAGAGCUUUUAGCGAUCCGCGCGCCAACGCGGCGCAGUUCAACGUUAGAGACGCGAUCGAGGCGAACGCGGUGAACGGCGCGACGCUCAGAUAGAAUAGACCAGACUACUACGCGAGUAGAAAAAAGUACCGCGUUCUAU